CAGAAUAAGGUACUGAAGUUUGUUAUACUAAAAAAGCCUUGUGGAUGCUGAACUCUUAAUUUGUGCGAGGCCUCCUCAGCUUGGAACACCAUGUCCGUUACUGAACCAAUGCUGAAUAUCUACCCAUCCACCAACCACCAUGCACAGAUGCAUCACGACGGACCGCUGGCCAACGGCGAAACCAGCUCAACGACAAGCAGUGAAUCGGACGUUCAGCUCAAGGGACAGAACGGUUCGCUCUCCCCCAUGGACAAUGGCCCUGACAUGUACACGUCAGACGGCUCCAUCGACAGUCAGGGCCAAGUGCAGCAAUAUGUGAACGGGCCCAUUGCCAAUUCGUGCCCUGCAAACUAUAUCCAGGAGUACGAUGCCAGCAUGGAUGGAACGAACGCUAACUAUGUGCCCAUCCCGGGCCCGGAAUAUGAUGGACAUAUGGAUUACCCCUCGCCGGGUCAGGAGUAUGUGAACCAGGAACUCUACCAGGGCCAAAGCUCGGAAUAUGUGGAUUAUAACCAGGGGCAAGGGACCACGCCCAUGCCGGUGGAAGAGGGUGUGCCACAGGGACAGGUUCAAGAAGAAGGGGUACAGGGACAGACACAGGGACAAAAACAAAAAUAUGUGUUUUAUCUUCAAAUCAAACCUGGUGAAGCAUUUCCUGUGGAAAAUGGGGACCAGGUACAAUAUAUACAUGGUCCAACGCUAGUUCAACUCCUUUCCAAUUCCCCCACCCCUCCACAAAUUCACAUGGUAAAAACAGGGCACGGUCCCGUGCAAACCAUGGCCAGCAACCUACCCCUCCAGCCUCCGGCGCCAAUGCAGUCAAUGCCAAUGCAGCUCCCUGUACCGCAGGACAACCGUGACGCCAUCAACCAGGCACCGGUCUACCCCAACCACAACCAGGCACCGGCUGCGGCACCGGUACCCCAGCAAAUGUACCAGCCACCAAUGUUCCAGCCUCCUCCACCGGGUAACCAGCAGGUGUACCCCCCUCAUAUGCUGGGGGGUUACCCCAAUACGGCGGGUAUCCCGCCGCACAUGCAUACCCAGUUACCGACGGUGUUCAUGGGUACCGGUGUUCAUCCAACCCCAAUGCACAUCCAGAGGUUUCCUCCAGCUUCAUGUAACUCCUCCAAUCAUCCUCAUCCUACUCAACAUCAAGGUUCUAACGGGGAUCUUUCACCAAGACAAGAAGGUUCACAUAGGCUCGUUCUUCCAAGGCCUAACAGACCCCGAGAUGAGCGAGCCGAUAAACAACGAAGUAAACUUCAGAAAAAGCUGCACGAAAGGCAUGAAAGGCAAAAAGAGAAUAGCAGCCUUUCCAGUAGUCCCCAGUCAUCCCCCAGGGGCAUGGGCACCUCACAUCCUGGUGUGCUACGGCCUACAGAGAACGGGACAAGUUCAAGAGGGACCAAGAAAAAAGGACGGAACAGCCCCAAAGAUGAAAGUGAAGGUAGGCAAUGUGUUUUCGUAUUUUAUGAAUAAAAAAGAAAAAGAAAUAACAGCACACAUCCCAUUUACCAUUCUGAAAUCAUAAUACAUGUAUUUGUAGAUUCAUCAGUUAACAAUUCCCAAAGAUUACUAUAGAAAAACCCUCUUCAAAGGGAUAAUAAGAAAUUCCCAUUAUGCAUGUAGACACCUGUCAUAUUAAAAAUCUAGCCAUUUUAAACUUCUAAUAAUGACCUACACUGUCUUGUAUACUCUUCAUUAUUCAACUGAAAUGAAAACAAAUAUGUCUUUUAUAUUUUCCAUUUUGAUUUUUAAGAAAUUCCCCCAAAUUGUCUAUGUGUCAUGAAUUUCAAAUUAGAAUUAGCAUUGAAGUGUUCAUAAUCAAAUUGCUAUGGAAUGGCAGUUAAUUGUCAAUAUGAGGGACAUACAAUGACUAUCAUAACAAGAUGGAAAGAAAAUUUAUUCUUUUUUGCAAUCAACGGAUUUACAUGUAUGUUCCAUUCAUCUUUCCUACAAAUAAUACAAAAUAUUGAUAUAUUAUAAUACCAUCCUUGACAGAAAUGUACUUUUAUUGCCUAAUGGCUCUCCAUAGAGAUCACGUUGAUUGGAGAGAAAAAGAGAUAUUAGAUUGAAAAAAAAAAGAGGAUAAAAGAUAAAUCUGGUAUACUUUCACCGUCACUGAGGCUAUCCCAUUCCAAAGCAAUUUAUGCUCAAUUUAAAUGAGAAUCUGAAUGAAAUAUGAAAUGAUAAAGAUUCUCCUCUUUGCUGCUUUGCGGUCCAUAUGGUUGUUUCCGGUUUGCUAUUAUCAUAAACACAAACUGUAUACAUAGUCAGUAUGUAUCUUGAAUCGUGUCCAGUAUGCGUGGUGUGUAUAUUCAGAUGAAUGGGAUAGCAGACCGCCGUUGUCAUUUGCCCAUUUGUGUGCAUGAAUAUAUUCUUGCUAUCAUAUUGGGCAGAGUGAGAUGAAUGGGGAAGGAAAUUAUGGACAAAGCAUUUCAAAUUGCCCAAAUUUUCUUAAUGCUCGGCCAUAUUUUUCUGAUAGUCAUCAAUUUGAGCGACUGAGCAUGAUAUUUUUUUCUUGGAGUAAUUACCCCCUUAAUGCUGUCUUUUCAACUUUGGCUUCAGUCACUAUUAUUAGAAUGAAAUUAGUUUCACACGAAGGCCUUUCUGUGAUAUAAUUGCAGCUAGGCCAUAAUGAGCAGAUGUAGCUCAACGUGUGAGUCCCAUACAUCAUCGAUUUCUAUUUUUUCACCCCAAAGCCGGGGUAUUAUGGAUAUUUUUAUUCUGAGAGAAUGAUACGUGCCUUCUUCCGCCCCUUGCUAAUUUGAUUUGAUGUGGGAAUAUUUACGCACGGACAGCCAGGUUUGUGUGUCUGCUGUUGUGCGUUUAUGUAAACUUGGCCCUCUCGUCCGUGGCGACAACCGAACUAUGCACCGAAGGCUUCCAACCAUUGCCGUCACUCUUGCUAUUAUCAUGUCAACGGUGAUACGGCCGGCUUGUCAAUCGGAAGGACGCCUACUCUGCUGUGAUGUCAUCAUUUCGUCACGGUGACGAGUCAAUUGUUGCAUUCUAGCCUCAAUCACGUCACUAUCCUAUUAGCAAAGAUGGAAGGGUUAACAUGUAUUUUUUUUAUGAGACGGCAAGAUACACGUUACUCUCGUCUGAUACCGAACAAUCCCUUCAUGAUAUCAAUACUUUAUCGACGUCUGUUCUAUUGAUUCCCCGAGUCCUAAGUGCAGUUUAUGCACGUAUGUGUUUCCCUUUUCAUUGCUUACCCCUCCCCUCUUCUGCCGAUUGCCGUCUCUGCCAUUCCCCAUUACCUUGAGCGGUUGUAUUAUUGUCUGGACAAUAACGGGAUGGACGGACGAGAAUGGUGUCUCUGUGACGAGGGAAGGCUGCUAACGUCUUGUACUUGGGGGAGUAGAGUUACAAAUAGCUACCAAUAGCCGUCCCCAUUUAUUGGCAAGGCAGUUUUAUAACUAAUGGGCCGGAAGCUAGUUGACAGGUUCUAGUAGCAUUCAGAAUGAGCAUAACUGAAUGACCAUCAUCGUUGUGAAUGCUUAAUAAACUAGGUUAUAUCUUAAUAGCGGUUGUCUUUAGCAAAAUGAAGUCAUUUUCUGUAAUUGAAAUUGAUUUGAAGCAGAUGGGAUUCUCUGUAAAGCAGUUUCAGCAUUGUAAUGAAUUUCCUGUUCACAUCUUUUCAUACUGCAAUUUCGUAAAUGUUCCAUUUGAGGGUCUCAUAUAUUGUCCUCAAGGACUCUCUUGGGUUAUUUAAAUCCUUUCAUUCAUAUAUUUUCAUUACUGUUUUUUUUAUAAAAGGGUACCUGUUAUUGCAUUCAUGUCAAAAUGAGUUUUGCUACUUCAAUCUGUCACUCUUGCCUUUUUCUACCAGAAUUUAAUUUCCCAGAUUACCUACACAGAUGCAUAAAAAUGUUUUUAUAUAGGCUAUUAUAAAGUGAAUAUUUUUAGUUAUAAACUUUUGUUACUUUCAACAAGUAGUUGCUCUGAAUUUCUUUCUCUUUUCUCUGGAUUUUUCAGAUCAGUGACCUCUAUGAAUCAUAAUGUAACCAUU